CCAGCAGGGAUCGACGGCGUGAUGUCCCACAGGAAGUUCUCGGCGUCACGGCACGCUCUGGGCUUCCUGCUGCGCAGCAGCCGGCACCGCGGGAAGGUGAAGAGCUUCCCCAAGGAUGACGCCUCCAAGCCGGUCCACCUUACGGCCUUCCUGGGCUACAAGGCCGGCAUGACCCACAUUGUGCGCGAGGUCGACAGGCCAGGCUCCAAGGUGAACAAGAAGGAAGUGGUGGAGGCGGUGACCAUCGUGGAGACCCCCCCCAUGGUGGUGGUGGGCAUCGUGGGCUAUGUGGAGACACCGCGCGGCCUCCGGACCUUCAAGACGGUCUUUGCCGAACACAUCAGUGACGAGUGCAAGCGGCGCUUCUACAAGAACUGGCACAAGUCGAAGAAGAAGGCUUUCACCAAGUACUGCAAGAAGUGGCAGGAUGACGAGGGCAAGAAGCAGCUGGAUAAGGACUUCAGCAGCAUGAAGAAGUAUUGCCAGGUCAUCCGCGUCAUUGCCCACACCCAGAUGCGCCUGCUCCCUCUGCGCCAGAAGAAGGCGCACCUGAUGGAGAUCCAGGUGAACGGGGGCUCUGUGGCUGAGAAGCUGGACUGGGCCCGAGAGAAGCUGGAGCAGCAGGUGCCAGUGAACCAGGUGUUCGGGCAGGAUGAAAUGAUCGAUGUCAUUGGGGUGACCAAAGGCAAAAGCUACAAAGGGGUCACCAGUCGUUGGCACACCAAGAAGCUGCCCCGAAAGACCCACCGAGGCCUGCGCAAGGUGGCGUGUAUCGGGGCCUGGCAUCCUGCCCGCGUGGCCUUCUCGGUGGCCCUCGCUGGGCAGAAAGGCUACCACCACCGCACAGAGAUCAACAAGAAGAUCUACAAGAUUGGCCAGGGCUACCUCAUCAAGGACGGCAAGCUUAUCAAGAACAACACCUCCACCGACUACGAUCUCUCUGACAAGAGCAUCAACCCCCUGGGUGGCUUUGUCCACUAUGGUGAAGUGACCAACGACUUUGUCAUGCUGAAGGGCUGCGUGGUGGGGACCAAGAAGCGAGUGCUCACUCUGCGCAAGUCCCUGCUGGUGCAGACCAAGCGCCGUGCCCUGGAGAAGAUCGACCUCAAGUUCAUCGACACCACCUCCAAGUUUGGCCAUGGCCGUUUCCAGACCGUGGAAGAGAAGAAAGCUUUCAUGGGACCACUCAAGAAAGACCGAAUUGCCAAGGAAGAAGGCGCAUAACAGAUGGUGUAUCUGGUGGGAUCAGAAUAAAGACUUCU